UGUUAUGCAAUGCAUUGAUUGACAAUAACAACAAUUCAAUCAAUUGUUUUCUAUUCAAUUGAUAUUAUUAUCAUAUUUUCAAUCAAUUAAUUAUUUCAAUUGAAUGUUGUUAUCACCUACUAAUUGAUCCGUCAGUUUCAACAUUUUUGGCCACUUUUCUGACCAUUAAAUGUCUUAUUGUUUUUCACGUUUGUCUCAAAUUUGCGAGUUUAAGAUAAACCAACUGAAAAUAUCUACAUUUAACCGAUUGUUAUCAUCAACGAUGUCCGCAAUUAAGCGCAAACACGACGACGACGACGACAACAGCAACAAACCGGCAGAUGAAUUGGUGCCGAUUACUGACCAGAAAACUAAUUCAGAUACAAAACGCAAAAGAUUGCAAUUACCCGAGUAUUCAUUGGACGAUUCGGACUAUUAUGUGGAUAAUGGCUUACGAAAGGUAUAUCCGUAUCCGUUUACCUACUAUUCCCAUUGUAAGGGACGUUGGAUGGGACAGGAGUUGUACUCAUUUUAUUCAAAAGAGUUCAGAGGACUGACAUCCGAACAACUGAAAAAGCGUAUAGAAGACGGACUUCUUCAAGUAAACUAUCAAAAAGUUGAUCUCAAUUAUCGACUUAAAGGUCACGACCUAUUGACACAUAGACUACACCGACACGAGUUACCGGUACUAUCAGCGCCCAUACCUAUUAUUCACUCGUCAGAUGAAAUGCUUGUUGUGGACAAACCGCCAUCUAUUCCAAUUCAUCCGUGCGGUAAAUACCGACACAACACAGUAAUGCAUAUUUUGGCCAAAGAGCACAAACUAACCGAUUUAUACAAUAUUCAUCGGUUGGAUCGCUUGACUUCAGGUGUUUUAUUGAUAGCUAAGACAACAGCCAUCGCUCAGAAACUUCAUCAACAAAUUAGAGAUCUUGUACUCGAAAAACAAUACGUCUGUCGAGUGGAGGGAAAGUUUCCUGACGGUGUCAUAACAUGUGAACAACCACUGGAAACACUGUCCCAUAAGAUAGGCAUUUGUAUUGUAGAUCCGACGGGAAAGCCGAGUAUUACAACAUUUGAAAGACUUAACUAUAACGGCAAGAGUAGUACAGUGUUAUGUAAACCAAAAACUGGUCGAAUGCAUCAAAUUCGGGUUCAUUUACAAUACUUAGGACAUCCCAUUCUUAACGACUCUUUUUAUAAUAACCUUGUUUUUGGUCCUCAAAAAGGCAAAGAUGGACAAUACGACAAAACUAGAGAUAAGUUGAUUGAAGACAUUGAUGCUCAACAUCAACGCAUACUUUAUCUCUUAACAUCACCGACUGUUCAAUUAUCACCCGAAGAACAAGCAGAGAGUGAUCGCAAACGAGAUAUUGCAUUGAAAGCGCUUAAACAUUACACGGAUAGAGAAGAGUGGAAAGUGUUGACUGAAAAUUAUAAACCAAAGCCUGAGCUUUUAGUCGACGAUCCCGAUUGUGAUGAAUGUAUAAACAAAACAAUUGAUACCAAUCCUAAAGAUUUGCUAAUAUAUUUACAUGCAUUUUGUUAUAAAGGUCCCGAUUGGGAAUAUAAGACAGCACUUCCCGUUUGGGCACAGGACGACUGGGAUUAUGAUUAAUAUUAGAUU